UACAAGGUUAAUUUCUUGUAAAAAAAGUAAAUUAUAUCUAUAUAAAAAAAAACAUAUAUUAUUACUAUUAUAAUAGAUUCACAAGUAAAACAAUCACAAAAAUAUAUCUGCAUUUAGGGCACAUCUAUUUGGACAUUAUUAAACCUUGUAAUAUAUUUUUAUGAUUAUAUGAUAGUAAUUUCAUUAUCUUCGUUUUCAUUGUUCCUUCUUAUAUAGUGUAGAACUGAUGUAUACUAUCUCUUUUUUUUAAGGAAACUUUUUAGAGUAUCUCUUUGAAUAAAGUGAAAGAAAUAAUUUAAUAAAUAAAUAAAAUUUAAUGACCAAAAUGAUAAACAAAAAAAAAAAAAAAGGAUACCAAGCAAAUUCAAUCCAUAUUAAUUAGGUUAAGUAUUUGAUGUUACUUCAUCUGUAAGAUACAAGUAACCGAUCAGUAACGCAAAUUCUAUUUAUACUCCACAAUUUAUUGCGAUUGAUUUGUUACUAGCAAUUCAACCUUCUUUGUUCUCCACAAAUUUGGUGCCCUUUAUUUGUUUUCCCAGAUACAAGCAAUUCAAUAACCUUUUUGCAAUUAUAAUGGAGUCAGCAGCUUCCAAUUCUUCUCCUUCAUACUCCCCAUAUUCAAGAUUCUCAUCCUACUCACCUGAAUACACCCCUUCGUCACCUGAAUACACUCCGUCGUCUCCUGAGUACACACCAAGGUCACCUGAAUACUCUCCGUUGUCUCCUGAAUACACUCCAUCGUCUCCUGAGUACACACCAAGGUCACCUGAAUACACUCCGUCGUCUCCUGAAUACACUCCAUCGUCUCCUGAGUACACACCAAGGUCUCCUGAAUACACUUCGUCGUCUCCUGAGUACACACCAAGGUCACCUGAAUACACUCCGUCGUCUCCUGAAUACACUCCGUCGUCUCCUGAGUACACACCAAGGUCACCUGAAUACACUCCGUCAUCUCCUGAGUACACACCAAAGUCACCUGAAUACACCCCGUUGUCUACUGAAUACACUCCAUCUUCACCAGUUUAUUCGCGGUGUAAGAGACGAGGAGAGACACCUUUUAAGGUGUAGAUCAAGAAGAGAAAAACAAGCAAGGCACCUUUGAUUUUUGUAUGGCAGUUUAGUGUUAAUAAUUGAUAAGAUGUUAAUGUUAAAGCAAUAAUGUUUUUGAAUUUUCUGUA